AAAUUGAAAGCCCGCGUAACGUGGUGAAUUUCCACCCAUAGAAAUCUCCCCUGCCGCUCUCGCACACACACACACACAAGUAACGUCCUCCUCUCCUUUCUUCACUCCUACGGAAAACGCCUCCACGCAGACGCGCGAGCCACCGCACAAUUCACGCAUGCAUCUGUAGACCUGCCAGAAUAAGCAGAUUUCGAGCAGAAUGGGCGGCCAGAGCACUUCAAUCGGCGCUCUGGUGCCCACUGUGAAGUCCGAGCAGGCGGAAGAGGCUCCCGUGGCUCCGCCGUCGACUUCGACGGCGCCGGAGAAGGAUCGGGGGGCGGAGGAGGCGGAGAAAGACAUUCUGUGCCCGAUAUGCAUGCAGAUUAUCAAGGAUGCCUUUCUGACGGCGUGCGGACAUAGUUUUUGCUACAUGUGUAUCGUGACGCAUCUGCAGAACAAGAGUGACUGUCCGUGUUGCUCUCAGUUCCUCACUAAGACUCAUCUCUACCCUAAUUUUCUCCUCAAUAAGUUACUUGCAAAGACUUCUGCGCGUCAAAUAGCUAAAACUUCCACUCCUCUCGAACAACUUCGUCAGGCUCUGGAGCAGGGAUGUGAAACAUCAGUUAAGGAUCUUGAGAGCCUCCUGCAUGUUAUUGUUGAGAAGAAAAAGAAAAUGGAGCAAGAAGAAGCUGAGACAAAUAUGCAGAUUUUGCUUGACUUUCUGGUUUUCUUGAAAAAGAAAAAACUUGAUGAACUCAAUGAGAUACAAUCCGACCUCCAGUACAUAAAACAAGAUAUUCAUGCUGUGGAGAAACGUCGAAUAGAGUUGUAUCAUAGAAGAGAUAGAUACUCUGCAAAAAUGAGAAUGCUUUCUGAUGAUCCAAAUUCAAAGUCUCUAUGGCCAUUGUUGAUGGAUAAACAUAGAGAUGCCACCACUGUCUCUAGGAUUACUGCACCAGAUCAGGUCCGCUUGAGUUCUAGCGUGUCCAAAAAUCAGAAAGUUGAUUUAAGAUCUUCUACAAGCCCUUUAACCCCAUGGAAGGAUGCUUCUGGUGUGUCAGAUAACCAAAAUCUCAGUCAAUCUGGACUGGCAUUGGCAAGAAAGAGGCGGGUCCAUGCACAGUUCAAUGAGCUACAAGACUGUUACUUGCAAAAACGAAGAUACUGGUCAAGACUACCUUCAACACAGCAAGACCGAGAUUCAACUGGUGUAACCAGAGAAGGUUACACAGAAGGACUUGUGGAUUUUCAGUCUGUUCUGUCAACCUUCACAAGAUACAGUCGGUUGCGGGUUGUAGCUGAACUAAGACAAGGCGAUUUGUUUCACUCAGCUAACAUUGUGUCCAGUAUAGAAUUCGACCGAGAUGAUGAAUUGUUUGCUACUGCUGGAGUGUCACGACGUAUCAAGAUUUUUGAAUUUUCUUCGGUAGUUAAUGAACCUGCUGAUGUUCAAUGUCCAGUUGCGGAAAUGUUGACGCGAUCGAAACUCAGCUGUUUAAGCUGGAACAAGUACACUAAAAGUCAUAUAGCCAGCAGUGACUACGAAGGGAUAGUAACCGUUUGGGAUGUGACCACUCGACAGAGCGUGAUGGAAUAUGAGGAACAUGAAAAACGUGCCUGGAGUGUUGAUUUCUCGCCAACAGAAUCUUCAAUGCUAGUCUCGGGAAGUGAUGAUUGCAAGGUCAAAGUAUGGUGUACGAAACAGGAGGCAAGUGCUCUCAACAUUGAUAUGAAAGCCAACAUAUGCUCUGUCAAAUAUAACCCUGGAUCUAGUGUUCAUAUAGCGGUUGGCUCUGCAGAUCACAAUAUUUAUUACUAUGACUUGAGAAAUAUAAGCCAGCCAUUACAUAUAUUAAGUGGUCAUAGAAAGGCGGUAUCAUAUGUGAAAUUUUUGUCCAACAAUGAGCUUGGUUCAGCAUCUACAGACAAUACAUUGCGCUUGUGGGAUGUCACGGAAAAUACACCUCUACGCAUAUUUAGGGGCCAUGCAAAUGAGAAGAAUUUCGUGGGCCUCUCUGUUAACAGUGAGUACCUAGCCUGUGGCAGUGAAACUAAUGAAGUAUAUGCAUAUCACAAGGCUAUAUCGAGACCAGCAGCGUGGCAUAGAUUUGUGAAUUCUGGUACUGAUGAAGCGGAAGACGAACCUGUAUCGUACUUCAUUAGUGCUGUGUGUUGGAAGAGUGAUAGCCCAACAAUGUUGACAGCAAACAGUCAAGGAACAAUUAAGGUUCUUGUACUUGCUCCCUGAUUCAGGAAAACAAUACUGGUAAUUUAUUAGGAAAAUAUAGGAGUGAACAAGAUUCUACAUGUAAUUAUCUCUCUAGAUAUCCAACUUGUGGAAUAGCCAUUUGUUGGGUUUCAGCCAAAUUUUAUAGAUGCGAUUGGAGUUUAAUUACCACCUCAAGUUUGCGUGGUUGCUUUAUUUUGAUGUCUAUUCUUUCCAAUCUUCGCCCAGACCCAGUGUACUGAUUGACUGAUUUUGCGAGUUCAUGUUUAUUUAGUUUUUUCGUUUA